UUGGUAAUCCAUCUAAUAUUAGCCACUCCCAUGCUCACUCUACCUACGUAGCGCUUCCUUGUCCUAGAGCCGCAUCGUGCAAGACGUUUCCCUGGAAUCUGCUGGGACCGAUGUUUUCCUUGCCCUGGAACCUCUCCGUUAGUGGCUUCGAACCGCGCCCACAGCCGCGCUAGAAAGGGCUGAAGCUCUCGCGAUCCUCCCUCCAGAUCCGGGAUUCGCUUCUGUAAGCCUGUUUCGUCGACACGCGCCGGCCUGAAAACUCGAUCACUACUCAUAGAGUACCGAGCUGAGCCGUCCCUGGCUGAUUUUUGGUAUUUCUAAAACCACCUACUGGAUCGGGAUACCUAUUUCUGCAACACCGAUGGACUGCGCCUCCACCUCCCAGACUCCCUCGAUUUUAUCGUCAAAUGGGAUCCCAAAGGGGACUGCACCUCGGACUCCAUAUGAGCCGUCCGUGAAGUUGCCGGGUUACUGCCUAGGGGGGUGGUAUCUCGGUGUUUCGGUUCGGCUUAAGUAACCCUCUUUCUACUUAAGGCCAUCGCUCCUUUGCUCUCUCCUCGCCUCGUUUUUCGAAAUAUGCACAUGCAAUCGUGGGUUAUUUACUGAAAAGGCGUCAGUAAGAAGCCUAGAAGUUCCCCUACCUUUGCAUACCCAACCCAAGAUGUUGCUCUCGGUGCUGGCUCUAGCUGGGCAUGCCCUCUCCGCCUCUUCAUCCCAGUCCAUCGACAGCCGACAAACAUCGGCCCAGGCGUUCGCCUCCACUUCAGAUUUAUCCCAUAAGCUGAGCGCCGUCGACGCGCCUGUGCGUGGUCCCGGAAAUCCGGGGGGUGCUUCGACAUGGAACUUGAGGAUCGACGAUACGGAUGCCGGGAGGAAACAAACGAUCGACGGAUUCGGCGGUACGGUAACCGACGCGACUGUCACUGUCAUCAACUCGCUUCCCUCCGACAAGCGGUCCCAGCUGCUAAGAGAGCUGUUGACGCCGGACGGGGCCAACUUCGGCCUGCUUCGCCAUACCAUCUCGUCGUCGGACCUGUCCGGACCGCCCGCGUACACCUACGACGACAGCAACGGCAACGCGGAUCCGAAUCUCGAUAACUUUAGCUUGGGCGACCGCGGCACCGCCAUGGCUCAGCUGCUAGCCGAGAUGAAGAAGAUCCGCCCCGAUCUGACCCUCUUAGGCAGCUCGUGGAGCGCGCCGGGCUGGAUGAAACUCAACCGCGUCCUCACCGGCAACGCCGACAACAACUGGCUCGACCCGCAGUAUUACAGCCAGUACGCCCAGUACUUCGUCAAGUACCUCCAGGCCUACGCGGACCACGGUGUAACGGUCGACGCCAUCACGAUCCAGAACGAACCCCUCAACAACCAAGGGGGCGGCCACGUCACCAUGUUCCAGAGCGCCGAGGACGCGGCGGCGAUCACGCGGGACCACGUCGGGCCCAGCUUGCGCGCAGCCGGGCUAAACACGCAGAUUUGGGCCUACGACCACAACACGGACCGGCCCGACUACGCGCAGAAGGUGGUGGACGCGGCGCGCGAGUACGUCCAGGCGGCGGCGUGGCACUGCUACAUCGACCCGAUCGACUGGACCGUCAUCAGCGACUUCCGGGACGCGAACCCGGGCACGGCGCAGUACAUGACGGAGUGCUGGACGUCGCCGCAGACGCCGUGGUAUCAGGCGUCGAAGAACACGGUGGGGCCGCUGCAGAACUGGGCCGCGGGCUCGAUGAUGUGGACGCUGGGCACGUGGACGGAGGCGGCGGACGGCACGUUCGGGCCGUACAUCCCGGGGGGGUGCGCGAAGUGCCGGGGGCUGUUCGUGGUCGACCGGGACGCGGGCACGUACGCCCUCACGGUGGACUACUACACGCUGGCGCAGUUCUCGCGCUUCGUCGCCAAGGGCGCGGCCGUGCUGGCCGGCUCCGGCAGCUACAGCUACGACGGGUACGCCGGCGUCCAGGCGGUCGCCGCGCGCAACCCCGACGGCUCCCGCGCCCUCGUCGUCGAGAACACCUUCCCCAACGACGUCUACCUCACCCUCGACACCGCCUCCGGCGAGCAGUGGAGCGGCAACCUCCUCGCUAACAGCGUCACCACCUGGAUCCUGCCGUGAUGCCGCCAGCGCUGAUAAGUAGGUAGACGGACCACGCGAAGCGCGACGGAGUAAUACCGGUAUUUUCGUGUGUGUAGAUAGGUGUUCAUCUUUUAUCCAUACAUAUCAAGCAUAGUAAUACUGCGCAGAAGCAGAAAGAAGGAAAGGGAAAAAGAAAUCUGCCUCUUUGUUUUA